AUGCUGCGCAAGCUCACCGUCGACCAGAUCAACGACUGGUUCACCAUCGGCAAGACCGUGACGGAUGUGGAACUGCUGGGCUCACCGCCCGCCUUCCCGGCCGAGGCGGCCAGGGACGAGGCGCAGCGCAGGGACGCGCCCCCCGGCUUCGGCCCAGCAGCCGGGGCCCAGACUGGGGCCCAGCCGGCAGCGUCCGGGAGGCCACUUAGCCGAAAGAGCUCAGAAAUGGAGUAUAUUGACAAAUACAGACAGCUUGAAGCACAAGAAUUUGAUAUGUGUGGCAGUGAUCAGUCAACCAGUAGGCCAGGUCCAAGGCCAUCUUUGGCUAAAUUAAGCAAUGUGGCAUGCGUCCCAGAGACAACUUACAAAUAUCCUGAUUUGCCUAUAAAUCGAUGUAAGGACGAGGUUAUUUCUCUGAUAGAAAGUAAUUCUGUGGUGAUUAUACACGGUGCCACGGGUAGUGGCAAAAGCACUCAGCUGCCACAGUAUAUCCUGGACCAUUACGUUCAGCGCUCUGCCUACUGCAACAUUGUGGUCACCCAGCCCCGGAAGAUAGGGGCCACCAGCAUCGCCAGGUGGAUCAGCAAAGAGCGCGCCUGGACACUCGGUGGUCUGGUGGGCUAUCAGGUAGGGUUAGAGAAGAUAGCAACAGAAGACACCAAGUUAAUUUAUAUGACAACGGGAGUCCUGCUUCAGAAAAUAGUCAGUACUAAGAGUUUGGUGGAGUUCACCCACAUCUUCGUCGAUGAGGUACACGAACGGACCGAAGAAAUGGAUUUCCUGCUGUUGGUAGUCCGCAAACUUCUGAGAACAAAUUCGCGUUUUGUGAAGAUAAUCCUCAUGUCGGCCACCAUCAGUUGCAAAGAGUUUGCAGAUUACUUUGCUGUUCCUGUCCAGAACAAGAUGAACCCUGCGUAUGUUUUUGAAGUGGAAGGAAAGCCCCAUUCAGUCGAAGAGUAUUAUCUUGAUGAUUUGGGGCACAUGCAUCACAGCAGGCUUUCUCCUCACAUCCUGGAGGAGCCGGUGAUUACUAAGGACAUAUACGAAGUCGCUGUCUCCCUGAUCCAGAUGUUCGACCACCUGGAUGUGAAGGAGAGUGGGAGCAAGAGCUCGUCGGGUGCCCAGUUUGUGGCGGAGCGGAGCAGCGUGUUGGUGUUUUUGCCAGGUCUGGGUGAAAUAAACUACAUGCAUGAACUUCUCACAAACAUGGUUCACAAAAGGUUACAGGUUUAUCCACUCCAUUCAAGUGUGACUUUAGAAGAACAGAAUAACGUGUUUCUAAGUCCAGUUCCUGGGUACAGAAAGACUGUGGGACGGUUGUGGUGUCUGCAGCACUGCCCCGCGGCCUUGGGUGGAACCCGCAUUCUUAGUCCCGUUAUAGAUUUUUGUUUGACUAGAACUCUGGUUUGUGAUGAAGAUACGAAUUACCAGAGUCUGCGAUUGAGUUGGGCCUCUAAAACCAGUUGUAAUCAGAGAAAAGGCCGUGCGGGAAGAGUGUCUAAAGGGCACUGCUAUAGAUUGAUCCACAGGGAUUUCUGGGACAGCUCCAUCCCAGACCACGUUGUCCCCGAGAUGUUGCGUUGUCCAUUAGGAAGCACAAUAUUGAAAGUGAAAUUGCUGGAUAUGGGUGAACCGAGAGCUUUGCUGGCAACGGCCCUUUCUCCACCUGGUCUGGGUGGCAUUGAACGAACCAUCCUUCUGCUAAAGGAGGUUGGAGCACUUGCAGUGAGUGGGCAGAGAGAGGAUGAGAACCCCCACGAUGGUGAACUGACCUUCUUAGGAAGAGUUUUGGCCCAGCUUCCUGUUAAUCAGCAGCUCGGUAAACUCAUAGUCCUUGGGCACGUAUUUGGAUGUCUUGAUGAGUGUCUUAUUAUAGCUGCAGCGCUUUCCUUGAAGAACUUUUUUGCAAUGCCUUUUAGGCAGCAUCUUGAUGGAUACAGGAACAAAGUGAAUUUCUCCGGCAACAGCAAGAGCGACUGCAUUGCACUGGUUGAGGCAUUUAGAACUUGGCAGGCUUGCAGACAGAGAGGAGAGCUUCGGCACCCAAAGGAUGAACUUGACUGGGGACGGUUAAAUUACAUUCAAAUCAAGAGAAUUAGAGAGGUGGCUGAGCUGUACGGAGAAUUGAAGAACCGCGUCUCUCAGUUCAACAUGUACGUUGAUUCGCGGCGGCCUGUCAUGGACCAAGAAUAUGUUUAUAAGCAGCGCUUCAUCCUGCAGGUUGUAUUGGCGGGUGCUUUUUACCCAAAUUACUUUACUUUCGGACAGCCUGACGAGGAGAUGGCGGUGAGGGAGCUGGCCGGCAAAGACCCGAAGACCACCGUCGUGUUGAAGCACAUUCCUCCCUAUGGAUUUCUCUACCAUAAACAACUACAGUCUCUCUUUAGACAGUGUGGUCAAGUCAAAUCCGUUGUAUUUGAUGGUACAAAAGCCUUCGUGGAGUUCUCACGUAAUCCGACAGAGAGGUUUAAAACUCUUCCCGCGGUGUACAUGGCGAUCAAGAUGUCUCAGCUGAAAGUUGCCCUGGAGCUGAAUGUACACUCUGCAGAGGAGAUCGAGGGGAAGGUCCAAGGAGGGGCGGUUUCGAAGCUCAGGAACACAAGGGUGAAUGUGGACUUCCAGAAGCAGACAGUAGAUCCUAUGCAGGUCUCAUUUAACACAUUCGACAGGUCCCAGACAAUUACAGAUCUUCUCUUAACAAUUGAUGUCACAGAGGUGGUUGAGGUAGGACACUUCUGGGGAUACAGGGUUGAUGAGAGAACCUCCAAGAUUCUGAGAAAGCUCACUGCUGAAAUAAACCGACUGAAAUUGGUGCCGUUGCCCACGCACCCGCACCCGGACCUGGUCUGCCUGGCGCCUUUCACGGAUUUUGACCAAGAGAGCUACUUUCGAGCUCAAAUCCUUUACGUUUCUGGGAAUUCUGCUGAGGUGUUCUUUGUGGACUAUGGCAACAGGUCUCACGUGGAUCUGGAUCUUUUAAUGGAGAUUCCCUGUCAACUUCUCGAACUCCCGUUUCAGGCGCUGGAGCUGAAGAUCCGCGGGAUGCGGCCCUCUGCCAAGUCUCUGGUGUGCGGCGACCACUGGAGCCUCGAGGCCGGCCGGCGCUUCGCCUCCCUCGUGAACGGCCGCGCCCUCCUCGUGAGGGUCUUCUCCGUGGUGCACGGCGUCCUGCACGUGGACGUGUACCGGUGCGCGGGGGCCCAGGACACCGUCAGCGUGAGGGACGUCCUCAUCCAGGAGGGCUACGCCGAGCUCGCCGAGGAGCCCUACGAGUCCAGACAAAGCCACGAAGCUCUCAAGGGUCUCUUCUCCAAGUCCGUGGAAGACAUAGCAGAUAUGUCUAUGCCGUCACCCGUGAAAGAUGACAAAAAGUACCUGAUUCGGAUUUUGUUGGAGAGCUUUUCUUCUAAUAAACUGGGGGCUCCCAAUUGCAAGGCAAUACUUCACGGGCCUUUUAACCCUUAUGAACUGAAGUGUCACAGUUUGACUAGAAUCUCCAAGUUCAGGUGUGUUUGGAUCGAGAAGGAAAGCAUCAACUCUGUCAUCAUCAGCGACGCCCCUGAGGACCUCUACCAGAGGAUGCUGGUUGCGGCCUCCCUGUCAGUCAACGCCACCGUCCUGUCGACGCUGGCGGCCACCCGGGGACCACGGGGAAGGUCUGCCAUCUCCAACAUGGCGUCCGUGGUGGCGGGAGGCGAGGGAGCAAAAAGGGUUGAUCGGGAUGGAAAAAACUAUACUGGAGUCCUUUGUGGUUUGGGGUGGAAUCCAACCACGGGGGCCCCUAUCCUGCCAGAGCAUGACAUUGAGCUAGCAUUUGAUGUUCAGUUCAACGUGGAGGAUAUCAUAGAGAUCAAUAUUCUCAGGACUGCUAUUAACAAGCUAGUGUGUGAUGGACCCAAUGGGUCGAAGUUUCUUGGGCCAGAAAGAAUAGCACAGUUACAGGACAGCGCUCGUCAGAAACUUCUAGGUUUGUUCUGUCAGUCGAAACCAAGACAGAGAAUUGUCCCUGCGUGGCAUGAAAAGCCGUACGAAUGGAAUCAGGUGGAUCCAAAGCUGGUCAUGGAGCAGGCUGAGCGGGAGAGCGGCCGAGGGAAGAACACCUUUCUCUACCAGCUUCACAAACUGAUUGUUCUCAGUGCCUAG